UUUCUUCCAUGAGCCAUAUGAAAGCCGACAGAUGUUUAACUGAUAUAAGCACUCUUGUGUUUGUCCGAUCGACAUGUGUUUUGUCACUCUUACUUUUUUUGACUGAGAGGACACUUCGCUUAUAUUUGUAUUGAAUCCCACGCCCCCCUCCCCAAGUCCUACCAAAAUUCUGCAACUUUCCCAAAGUCUCUCAUCCAUUGACCACACCUAAUUAUGCUCCAUUGAUGUGAAUAGCCAGAAGAAGCAAUACUACCAUUUGCAUGGAUAUCUCCAGCUUAGAAUCUUGGUAUCUUGAUUCCUGCAGUAGGCGUGAAGUGCUACCCAAUUCUGCAGUGCUAUCAUGUUUCUCCAAGGCCAAAAUACAAAAGUGUUGCCAGAAGAAGUGUAGCAUUGUGGUUUCACUAAAUCAGCUUAAGGAUGAUGAUAUUUCUCCCCUGAUUGAUACAUUCCUGGCAGUAGACUCUUCUGAUAUUGCUGCUGUUGACAUACUACAUGAAUCACCUUGCAAUUUGAAUGGAGAACAUAUUAUGUCCUUGUUGCAAGCAAUUAAUCUAAAACUCCGAGUUGUCGAUCUCCAGGACGUGUCAUUGGAAGAGGACUUUUUGUGGGAUCUAUGUCAGCAUGGCUUAUCUUGCAAAAUUUUGAACUUGAAGACCACCCACAUCCAAAAAUUGAACAUGGUUGGAAACUUUAUGCAAUUACACACCUUAAAUCUGGAUUUCUGUACUUCAAUCACUAGUUUGCAUGGUGACUGUUUUUCAUGCAUGCCAAAUCUGAUGCAUCUCUCAAUGUGUGAGACAAGAGUAGUUGAUCUUUGGACAACUAUGGCUGCUUUAUUGAAACUUCCUUCUUUGGUAGAACUACGGUUCCAAAAUUGUUUAUGUUGCAAGGACACUGGGCCAUGUCCUGCAUCAUUUGGUAAGAAGGGAAAUACUGCAUGUGAGAAACUUGUUUCGGCUCAAUUGAAUAUGGGUUCAUCCAUUGAACCACUGCAUUUUGAUGCUGAACAUGCUCCUAUUCAAGUUUCUCAUGCUGAUGGGUUACAUGGCAACUUAAUUUCGCCCACAAAUGCAUCAAUGAUUAAUGAGGUUCACGGAGGAAGUGAUGAGUUUUCAGUUGCUAGUGAAGCUGACAUUUCAAGCUGCCUUCAGAGAAUAGGUUUGCUAGAACUAUCAUCUAAUUUCCUUCCUAAUUUGAAUGGAAAAGUCAAAUCACAAAAUGAGAUUGAAGAUGUACACGAGUUCGUUGCAAAUAGGUGCACAUGGGAUUUCAAGAAUAAAACUACUACGUUGAAGAAUUAUAGCUCACACCACCCAUCACUUAUCUGCUUCGAGAAACAUUAUAGGGAGUACAUAAUUGCUUCAUUGCCUCGUUUGAAGGUUUUAGAUAAUUUGCCCAUUGGAAAGAUGGACAAGAAAAUGGCAAGGAUCGUCUUUUCAAAAUAUUAUGAGUACUUACCCUAUAACCGACAGCACAAAGAAAGUGUUGUUAGCAUUCUGCAGAAUCGUGAAAUGGGAGCAAGUGGUGCCUACUGCCCUAAUUUCCGUAAGCCAAAGAAGCAAUAUCCUUAUGGAAAGAGCCAAUGUGUCUUUCCACGGGCUCUUAGUGCUGCCAAACUUGGGUCUACUGCAUGGCCUCUUUUGCAUACUUUGUCUAACUUCAGCAAUAUGUAUAAAGAAGGACGUGAGCAGCUUCGCCCUAGGCAGUUUGAAUAUCAUCCAUCUGAUUCUAGUCUUAUGGUUUUUGGGACUCUAGAUGGCGAAGUAGUCGUCGUGAAUCAUGAAAAUGGGAAGAUUGUUGGUUUUAUUCCUUCCACAGGAGCAAUGAACAGUGUUUUGGGUCUCUGUUGGCUCAAGAUGUAUCCAUCAAAGCUGCUAGCUGGUUCUGAUAAUGGUAGCUUGAAGUUGUUUGACAUCAAUUAUAUGCUACCAAAAGUUGCAGACAUAAAUUGCAGCACUGGAGUGGUUGGCUUUGAUGAUUUUGAGCCAUUGACUUCUGUUCAUGUCAAUUCCACAGAUGAUCAGUUUCUUGCCAGUGGGUACUCAAAGGAUGUUGCUCUGUAUGACAUUAGUAGUAGAAGACGCAUACAGCUGUUUACUAAUAUGCAUCGAGAACCCAUUAAUGUUGCUAAAUUUGCUCACCAUUCUCCCUUCAUAUUUGCUACUUCGUCAUUUGACCAUGAUGUCAAGCUCUGGGAUUUGAGGCAAAAACCAGAGUGGCCCUGCUAUACAGCUUCAAGUUCAAGAGGAAAUGUGAUGGUUUGCUUUUCUCCUGAUGACCAAUAUCUGCUUGUAUCAGCUGUUGACAAUGAGGUCAAGCAACUGUUGACAGCAGAUGGGAGGCUUCACAUGAAUUUUGAGAUAACUUCUACGGGGAGUGCUCACAACUAUACUCGCUCCUACUACAUGAAUGGAAGGGACUACAUCAUAAGUGGAAGCUGCGAUGAAAAUGUUGUCCGUGUCUGCUGUGCUCAGACUGGAAGGCGAGUUAAGGACGUUUACUUAGAGGAUAGUGACUCUGGAAAUUCCCUGUUUGUGCAGUCCUUAAGGGGCGAUCCUUUUAGGCUAUUUCACAUGAGUGUUCUUGCUGCCUCUAAGCGACCAAGCUCCAAAUGUGAGAUCAUCAAGGUCAAUUUACUUGCUCCCAGUCGCUCUGCCAAAGGAUAUUCUUAUGGUCGACACGUCCAUUCUUCCUUUAAUAUGGGAGGUUGAUAUUGUUCUGGGGAAGAAUUACAGCACAAGUCAAGGCCUCAGCUCUUAAUGGCGGAGCUGUGCUUCUUUGUCACUUAUGUCAACUCUCAGCAGCUUGAAUCUGUAUAGAUUUACAUCUUUGGAAAUAUUGGUCUGUUGUAAUUAAAACUAACUUUUCAUGCUUGGAUAUAAUAGAUUCAUUCAAUCGAAAAUUUAAAACUAGGAAAACUAA